AUGAUGUCGUGGGACCCAGUGCGCUUGUAUGUGAGCCUCUGGGACUUUGAGGCCCGAACAGCCGAGGAGCUGAGCUUUCAGGCAGGGGACCUCUUCCACGUGACCCGGAAGGAGGAGGAAUGGUGGUGGGCUACAAGACUGGAUGCAGCAGGCAAGGACCUGGCUCAGGGCUACGUGCCCCACAACUACCUGGCCGAGAAGGAGACGGUGGAGUCAGAGCCGUGGUUCUUUGGACGCAUCUCUCGAUCUGAGGCUCUGCACCGGCUCCAGGCUGAAGGCAAUGAAACAGGGGCUUUCCUGGUGAGGGUCAGUGAGAAGCCGGGCGCCGACUACGUCCUCUCAGUCUGUGACAAGCAGACUGUACGGCACUACAAGAUCUGGAGGCAUGGCGAGGGCCGAUUUUACCUGAAUGAGGCUGUAACGUUUCCCAGCCUGUGCGAGCUUGUGGACUAUCACCGUACCCAGGUUCUGUCCCAUGGCCUGAAGCUGACGAAGCCCUGCUGGAAGCAUGAGCCCGAGCCGCUGCCCCACUGUGACAACUGGGAGAGGCCACGGGAGGAGUUCACGCUCUGUCGGAAGCUGGGCUCUGGCUACUUCGGGGAGGUCUUCGAAGGGCUUUGGAAAGAGCAGGUCCGAGUAGCCAUUAAGGUGAUUGCUCGAGACGACCUGCACCGGCACACAUUCCAGGCGGAGAUUCAGGCCAUGAAGAAGCUUCGACACAAGCACAUCCUGGCUCUGUAUGCUGUGGCCUCCGUGGGGGACCCUGUGUACAUCAUCACAGAACUCAUGCCCAAGGGGAGUCUGCUGGAGCUCCUGCGUGACUCUGACGAGAAAACCCUCCCUGUCUCGGAGCUGGCGGACAUUGCAUCUCAGGUGGCCGAGGGCAUGUGCUACCUGGAGUCGAAGAACUACAUCCACCGGGACCUGGCAGCCAGGAAUAUCCUCGUGGGGGACAACAACAUUUGCAAAGUGGGGGACUUUGGGCUGGCCAGGCUCAUCAAGGAGGACAUCUACCUGUCUUAUGACCACAACAUCCCCUACAAGUGGACGGCCCCUGAGGCGCUCUCCCGAGGACAUUACUCUACCAAGUCGGACGUCUGGUCCUUUGGAAUUCUCCUCCAUGAAAUUUUCAGCAGGGGUCAGAUGCCCUAUCCAGGCAUGUCCAACCAUGAUGCCUUUGUGAGGGUGGACGCCGGUUAUCGCAUGCCCUGCCCCCCGGAGUGCCCAUCCACCGUUCACAAGCUGAUGCUGGCCUGCUGGCAACGGGACCCAGAGCAGAGGCCCUGCUUCCGAGCCCUAAGGGAGAAGCUCUUCAGCUUCACCAGGUACGAGAACCCAUUCUGA